GGCAGGCGGGCGGCGCGGCCCCUCGCCCGGCCCGGCUUCCCACCAUGCUGGACGGGCUGAAGAUGGAGGAGAGUUUGCAGAGCGCCCUGGACCCCGCGACUCCCUUCUCCUCCUUGCUGGGCAGAGCCGCGACCCCCAAGUCCGUGUGCGAAGGGUGUCAGCGAGUGAUUUUGGACCGGUUCUUGCUGCGCCUGAACGACAGCCUGUGGCAUGAGCAGUGCGUCCAGUGCGCGUCCUGCAAGGAGCCCCUGCAGACCACCUGCUUCUACCGCGACAAGAAGCUCUACUGCAAGCUGGACUAUGAGAAGCUGUUCGCGGUGAAGUGCGCGGGCUGCCUGGAGGCCAUCGCGCCCAGCGAGCUGGUGAUGCGCGCCCAGAAGAGCGUCUACCACCUGCACUGCUUCUGCUGCUGCGUCUGCGAGCGGCGCCUGCAGAAGGGCGACGAGUUCGUGCUGAAGGAGGGGCAGCUCCUCUGUAAGGGCGACUACGAGAAGGAGCGGGAGCUGCUGAGCUUGGUGAGCCCGGCUCUGUCGGAUUCUGGCAAAAGUGACGAUGAGGACAGCAUCUGCAAGCUGGGCCAGGCCUCGGGGAAGGGCGCUGAGGACGGGAAGGAUCACAAACGGCCCAAGAGGCCACGGACCAUCCUGACCACACAGCAGCGGAGGGCGUUCAAGGCGUCGUUUGAGGUCUCCUCCAAGCCCUGCAGGAAGGUGCGGGAGACGCUGGCGGCAGAGACGGGGCUGAGUGUCCGUGUGGUGCAGGUCUGGUUCCAGAACCAGCGAGCAAAGAUGAAGAAGCUCGCCAGGAGGCAGCAGCAGCAGCAGCAGGACCAGCAGAACACACAGCGCCUGAGCUCAGCCCAGACGAACGGCGGCGGCGGCGGCCCGGGGCUGGAGGGGAUGCUGAACCCCUACACCGCCCUGCCCCCGCCGCAGCAGCUGCUGGGCAUGGAGCAGAGUGUCUACGGCUCCGACCCCUUCCGGCAAGGGCUCACCCCGCCCCAGAUGCCCGGAGACCACAUGCACCCCUACGGUGCCGAGCCCCUCUUCCACGACCUGGACAGCGACGAUACCUCACUGAGCAACCUGGGGGACUGCUUCCUCGGCACAGCAGAUGCAGGGCCACUCCAGGCACGAGUGGGAAACCCCAUCGACCACCUGUACUCCAUGCAGAACUCCUACUUCACCUCCUGAGCCCAGCCUGGUCCCGCCAGGAGGGGCCGCAGAGCUCCCGGGGUCGGGAGGGAGGGGAGCAGCUCUGCUGGGAUGCCGUCAAAUAAUGUUGUAGCUUGGGAUUCCCAAGGAGAGAGUUAAGUUAUGGGUUGCAUAGUUUCAUGUUUCUCUUAGGAGCCUAGGAUUAGGGACAGGAGUGGUUUUUGCAGCUGGCUGGUGGAUUUUCAAAUUUCAGAGGGGGACACGAAUUUCUCGUUUUGGCAGGGGGAGGGGGAUUCUCCUGCAGGAGCAUCCCAGCACUGUAUCCCACCUUUAGAAAGAGCAAACUGCUGAUCUUCAUGGGGAAAGCCUGCAGCAUCAGCUGGGCUUUGAAAUCCGAAAAGCUGACAACGACCUGGGGAAACAGGAGAGGAACUCUCUGUCACUGCAGGGUUUGAUUUUUCCCCUCUGUUCCCUCAACCAGUUUGAGUGCCCGCUGCUUAAACGUAGGGACUUUUAAGAUAGAUGUUCCCAUGUGAAUAUAGAGAGCUAGAAACCCCUACAUUGUCCCUGUCCCCGAGGAUGGGGCUGUGUGUGUGGAUGUGUGUGUGUGUGGGCACGCGUGCGUGCAGAGCCGUGUGGCUGGGAGUGCAGCACUGCACGGCCACACCUGCCAGAUUGUAUCAACAAAAAGUUUAUUUCUAAGUCUAUCAGAAAUUUACUGUACAGCAAAAGUAACUUUAUUUUCAGUGUGAACCAUAUUUAAGGAAAUUACUCAAUGCACUUAAGUUAUAAGAGGAAAUAAUUUUACUUUUUAUAAACGUUAUGUUUAGGUUGCAAAAGCCCAGUGGCAGGGAAAGAACAUCAGUUCAUUUCAGGCAACAGGUUUGGGUUUGGGGGUUGGUUAUUUUCGCUGUUCUCAGGUUGCCCCACUGGUUUUGAGGUGCAGUUGGAACACAGAGCAGAGCUGGCUCCAGAAACCUGCUCUUUGCCAGCAGAUUGAUGGGGACAGCGUGGUGGCCAGGACCUGUCCCCGCUGCUGGACGUGUCCAGGAGCCCCGUGUGGCGUGGACGUGCUGCAGCUGGUGGACAUCCAGCCCGUCGGGGCUCAGCCGUGCUUCUCCACAUCACCUUUUCCUUCCCCUGCAGGUCCCAGCCUGCCUCCAGCAGUGACCCCAUCCCACAUCCUCCAGUCUGGGUGCCAGGCCAGUGUGAGCUGGUGUCCUGGCACUGGGAAACGCUGCAGCCCAAGCCCCCACCCCUCGGGGGAAGCAGACAGGAGGGACAGCCCUGCCUUUCCCUGCCGGACCUGUGGGAACCCGGGGGGAGUUCUCCUUGGGGUGGAGCCUUCAGGUGGCCCUCAGCUCAUCCCCACUCUCGUUUUCAUGCGUUGUGUCCUUUUGUGCUGCUGUUCACAAACGAUGUAAGCGACAGCCCCGUGGAGAGAGGCGUGCAAGUGACUGUGAGGCUCAGAACAAAACACUGGCUGGUCACUGCCAUCCUGUCUGACACUGAAUGUAGCAGGGUCUGGAGGUGGCUGACCCGGCGGGAGAUGCUGACAGCACUGUCAGGAAUCACGCACCCAGAUGAAAUUAAAAAAGACAAAA